UUAAACGUUGAGGUUAGGCCUUUUUAUAUCUAAUUAUCUAAUAAUUUUUUUUAACAUUAAUGAUAGUGUCUCUGAGAUUUAGGGAUAGAUCCGAGAUUGAAAAACCGGCAAGAAAUUGUUGCAGAAUGACUUGGCAUAACCUUAACCUUGACAUUUGUCACAUUUAUUUGACCACCAGUCUUCCUUGGAGUUCCCAUUCUUUACAUAGACUCUAAAAUGGCAACUCUAGGGAAGAAAUUGGUGCAACAAUUGAAAAGUAAAGAAUUUAGAGAAUAUUUGAUGAGCACGCAUUUUUGGGGGCCUGUUGCCAAUUGGGGUAUACCUAUUGCUGCCAUUGCUGAUAUAUCGAAAGAUCCUAAAUAUAUCAGUGGAAAAAUGACAAUUGCUUUGUGUCUUUAUUCUGCGAUGUUUAUGAGAUUUGCUUGGAAAGUGCAGCCCCAAAAUAUGCUGCUUUUUGCCUGUCAUAUCACUAAUGAGAGCGCACAAUUAGUGCAAUUAACCAGAUUUUUUAAUUACAACUACCUCACUAAAAAAGAGGACAAACAGGAGAUUAAAUAAUAUUAAUCAAUCAAAGUGAUUUUAGGUAAUUAAUAUAGCUGUAAAAAUUAAAAGUGUUCAUUCAUUAAAAAAAUGGAGAUUGUUGGUAUUAGGACAUAAGAUAAGGAUUUUAUUAUUAAUUACAUAAUCAUUGUGGAAUUUUGAUAAAAAAUUGCACUGCAAUGCUCAAUUUUAUCUACCUUUGAAGACCAAAUGAAAUUUAGUGACUGAUCUGAGAGUAUAUUUUGUUGGUAUACAUGUUAUUUGUAUAUUUUUAGAAAAUAAAUAUAUUAUUCCUGUUGAAAA